UUGAGAGUGGUUGUGUGCUCGUUCUUUGAGUUUAACAUGAGCUUGGGAUUUUGCAUCCUAUCUGGAAACUUGAAGGCUCCAACCUUCUGGUUCUACCCUUUCCAAAAAGUGGAUUUUUAAAUUUUAGAAUGUAAACCCAAAUCGUAUAUGAAAGUGCUCAUCUUAUCCUCAUAAUGAAAUACUGUUGGUUAAGAACUUCAUUUUAUACCCUUGUUGGAAAUUAGUCCACAGAGCAGUACGGAGACUCAGAGCAUAGAAAAAUGAUUCAGUGAGAGGCUUUUUGGGUGAAAAGUGAAAUGGAAUUGGCCAGCGGUGUCUUUAGGUUUUAUAUCUGUACCUUGGUGUGUUAAUGUAUGUAUGAUUAAAGUGCUGAGGUGUCCAAAUAUUUAGUCAAAAUGCGAGGACGGGGAUCCCCCUCACCAUCCCACCAGGGACCACAGUCCCCACCAUCAUCAUCUGAAUCUGCAUCAGCCCUGCCUGAAGUUUCCCCAACACCCCAGAUGCAUCGCUUGCCUCGUAAUAAGCGCAAGCAUACAGUUGUUUUCAAGUACUGUGAGGAAAUGAAUGAGCUGAAUGAGGCUGCAAACAACCGUCCCCGCAGUGCGCUCAUCCAUUCAAUACAGCAAGAAAAUCGACACAUUAGACAGUUGCAGCAGGAAAACAAGGAGUUGCGCCUUGCCCUCGAGGAACAUCAAAAUGUCAUGGAGCUUAUUAUGUCAAGGUAUCGCCAACAAGUCACAAAACUUAUGUCUGUAAACGCCAAACAAUCUCAGCCAAAUACUCAGGACCAAGCCAAACUUACAGCACAGAUUGAACGAAUAAGUGAAAUGGUGGCUGUGAUGAGGAAGGCUGCAUCACUAGGUGAUGAAGAAACUCACCAUCAGCAGAGACUCAUCACAGCUUUAACCACAGAAAAUAAGGGGUUGAGAGAGAUGUUAAACAUUGCCAAACGCUCAGGGUCAAUUUUACCAUCUCCAAGUGUUAUUGAUGCGGAGACACAGACUGACCAAGAGCUAGCCCCUAUGGGUGGACAUAAUCCAGCUCAUGAAAAAACUGUUGUAAAUGAUAAUGAAAGCAAUACAAGCCAAAAACAGGGAACAUCAGCGUCAUGAUAAAUAUCAGUUGAAGUAACAGACUGUUGAUAAUACUUGACCUGAUAUAUCUGCUCAGUGUCAUAAAGAGCAACUAAUGCCGACACUGACAUUGAUAAGGGAAACAGUUUUUUGCUAGAUGUGUUUCAGUGAAUCCUUUAGCUGGAAAAAGAAAGGUGGCAUUGGUGAAACUAAGAGGACAGCGGUUUGUAGCCAAGCACAUACAGUAUUUUUGGAAGUUGUGAUUUAAUUUUCCUGGGAACAUUAAUGUCGGUGCUUCAGAACAUUAGUGGAUUUUGUUGCGCCCAAGAGAGAGGUUUAAAUGCUUGGUGAUAAUGAUAACCAUUCCUUGUUCCAAAAGUGACUUAGCUUGGACUUCCAUGACAAAGACUUUUGGAAGAGUAACAAAAAAUCUUUAAAUGUAGAACGGAUCCUCUAUUCUUCUAGUGUUUUAGCAUAAUACUUCAUAUGAAUCUUGCCAGAAAUUAAACAAAAAGCCUUGACAUGACUAGUUAGACUAGAUUUGCUUAUCUUUAAGAAAAUUAACAUGGUUAUGAAUUCGUUUACUGAUCAUCAUAUAUUAUUUGCAAAGGAGUGUUGAUUAUUUUAUGGCAGGUUUUCAUUUCGAUGUAUGUCCAAUGUUUACUUAUGAACUAUUCCAAAAUUUAUGUAGUAUGUUCAAGAUGUUAAAAUGCCAUCAAGUAACAUUCAGGAAAGCUAAAUAAGAUCAAAUCCAUUAAUCCAAAUCACUGUUUUCAGUCUGUCUGUGGCUUUAUUUGUGUCACCUUCAGUUUAGUUGCAGUAAUCACCCCCCGUAUAUAUCUGUAAAUGUAGGAUUUUCCAUUACACCAUGUAGAUUAUGCCUGUUGAGAUAUGGGAAGAUUUAAUUAGCUCGUGGAAAGAUGGAGCUCAUCUAUUUUUCAUUGCAUGACCAAGUGGGGUAAGAUUCCCUAGCACAUAAUCUCUUUUGUAAAUACAGUAUUGUGAUGCCAAGAUGCAAAGGGUAUGCAUGUAAGGAUGCAGGGAAAGGAUAAGUGUACUCCUUUCCUUUUGAAUGUAGAAGAAAGGCACAAGUUUUUUUCAUUUUUUCUUCCUUUCAUAUUCUUUUGAACAUUAUUCUGCUUCUUUUCUUCUUAUAAAGAUAUGUACUAAAUCAGUGGUAGAUAUUGUGAAUAUUAUAUAAUUUUUGUAUUUAAUAUUUGAGGUUCAACUCAUAUUUAUUAAUCAAAUAAAAGGUAACUCAUAUUUAUUAAUCAAAUGUAGAUUUCAGAUGUUUCAAAGUACAGACUAGAUGUUCCUUCGAUUAAAUCCUUUCUGUAUUUAUAUGUUGGCAUUUCCUUGCACGUUACAUUUUAUUGGUGAGUAUGUGUCAUUAUUGAUUUUGUUGUAUAGUUUAAUCAUUUUGUACUAGUGUUGCUGCUGUACAGCCUGUGCAGUUUAACGGAGACUAAAUAAUACAAAUGGCUUUUU